AUGGCAGACGCAGUCCGGACAAUCCUGGAAUGCAUAGGGGAAGAUCCGGACAGGGAAGGGCUCGCGCGGACGCCAGAACGGUAUGCCCAGGCGAUUAUGUGGAUGACGCGCGGGUACGAAGAACGUUUGGCAGAUGUCAUAAACGACGCGGUAUUCGCCGAAGACCACGAUGAGAUGGUCAUCGUGCGAGACAUUGACGUUGCCAGUCUUUGUGAGCACCAUCUGGUCCCCUUCAUGGGUAAAAUUGCGAUAGCCUAUAUCCCAAAUCAGUUGGUUCUAGGCCUGUCUAAACUUGCGCGCAUCGCGGAAACGUUCAGUCGUCGCCUCCAAGUCCAGGAGCGUCUGACGAAGCAGAUUGCCAUCGCUGUGCAGGAAGCAAUAAAGCCUCGCGGUGUGGCUGUUGUCAUGGAAGCAACGCACCUGUGCAUGACAAUGCGUGGCGUGCAGAAGCCGGGAUCGAUAACUGUCACUUCAUGUAUGCUCGGCUGCUUCCGGACGCAACAGAAGACGAGGGAAGAGUUUCUGACUUUGAUAAAGAGCAGAUGA